AUGUCUGAAGAGUUAACUAAACCGAAGAGUUUGAAAGACUGCAAAAGUGUCGAUGAAAUAGAUUUAGGAAAAGUGGAACUCAUUAGAGGUGACACUCCGGAGGAUAUCAAACAAAAGUGUCUCCAAUUAUGCAAAGAGUAUUUGGGCCACAAUUGGUCGCAACAAACUGUGGACACAAUAGGCUUCAGACGAAUAACCGGAGGUAUGACUAAUCAGUUGUAUUACUGCGGAAUCGCUGAGCCCUCGGCCACCAGUAGUGCCCCUCAAGAGGUGGCCGUCAGACUGUAUGGACCCAAAUAUUUCAAUAAUACCGAUCACGAGGGCAAUGAAAGACUGAAGGAUACUAUCAUUGCACUCAUGACCUCCGAGAAUAAAUUGGGACCAAAAGUAUACGGUUUGUUUGAAAGUGGACAAAUCCUCAAGUAUUAUCCACACCGGCAGUUUCGGCUGAAGGAGCAAAAUAACCCGAAACUGGCGGCUCAAGUGUUCAAGAAGUUGGCCGCAGUUCACGCCAUGAAAGUUCCCAUUAAAGUGAACACAAACUGGAUUUUUGAUGACUUCCCGAAAUUCUACGAAACGGGUUAUAAGAAGUUUCCAAUCAAUCAAAUGAUUGAAGACUUAAAUUGCGAGACAUUGAAGAAACACGAUCUCAAAGAAGAGAUGCAAUGGUUGUUCAAUGCAAUCACCAAAAGCAAGAGUCCGAUAGUGUUUUCUCACCACGACUUCAGAGGCAGUAAUAUAAUGAUUACUGAACCCAACGAUGAGAUAAUUCUUUGCGAUUUAGAGUCUUCUAGUUAUGGUUACCGAGGCUCUGAUUUUGGGUCUAUAGCUCUCGAGUGGGGCCGGGAUUCGAGUGAAUUCGGCAAACCUUAUAGAAAAUAUCCAAACGACGAGACACUCAAAGCACUUAUAAAGGUAUAUAUCGACGAAUCGGAGCGCAUUUUGGGCCCAAAAUACUCGCAAAACAAAGUCAACUCAAUGGACCAAAUCCUUAAGGAAGUGAAAUUGUUUUCAAUGGUUGGGAACAUGUUUUUUGUGCUCUUUUGCAUUCAAAAUGAUGAAAAUGACAGCACAGGCUUUCCCGUCGAUAAGAAAGUGUUUAUGAAAUGGGGUGACAAUAGUUAUGGCGACUAUUGGUAUUUGAAGGAGAUCUUUAUCAAACAAAAUGUGUUUGAUUAA